AACAGUUUCUGUUUUUCUAAACGAGAUCUCGGCAUGCUUUCGUUGACCUACCGCCACAGAUUUUCGCCGUCCAUUCGCCGCCUCUCAGCGAUCGACCGACAAUUCUCGCAAACGUCGUCGUCGUCCUCCUCCUCCUCGCUGCAGCUGAUUACUGCAUCGAAUAUCGACGCAGGUCGCCGGAAGGACUCCGUCUUUGGCUCCUACACGAGAUGGAUUUCGGUGAUCGCAGCUGGUUCGAGUUUGGGCUUGUUAUAUUGGUUUUCGAUUUCUGAAUCUGAUUCUGCUACAGGUUUUUUCAAGAAGCGGCUUCUGUCUUUCUGUGACAGCCCUUCGGCAGUCGCUGAGUCAACCGGUGAUGAUGACUCCCGUUCAAAGACCGGAUUUCAGAAGCUCUCUUUGCCUGAUUACAACUCAAAGUUCAUCUUUGGAGAUGCAUUUAGGAGAAAAGUUUUCUUUAAAUACGAGAAGCGGAUAAGACUGCGGAGUCCUCCAGAAAAGGUAUUUGAGUAUUUUGCAUCUUCUUGGACAGCAGAAGGAGAAUUACUCAUGCAACCUGCAGAUUUAAUGCGAGCAGUCAUUCCUGUCUUCCCCCCAUCUGAAUCCAAUGCGGUUAGAGAGGGAUAUUUGAUUGGGGAAAGGAGGCCUGGCCAGUUACAGUGUCCUCCUUCAAAAUUUUUUAUGCUCUUUGAUGUGAACAAUGAUGGACGUAUAUCUUUCAAAGAGUAUAUUUUCUUCGUUACUCUGCUCAGCAUUCCAGAAUCAAGCUUUUCAGUAGCAUUCAAAAUGUUUGAUACUGACAACAGUGGAGAGAUUGAUAAGGAAGAAUUUAAGAAAGUAAUGGCUUUCAUGCGAGCUUAUAACAGACAAGGAGCUGUCCACAAAGAUGGACUUCGCACUGGGUUAAAAGUUAGUGGUUCUGUGGACGAUGGAGGUCUGGUGGAGCUCUUUUUUGGAAAGGAUGGAAAGGCACGCCUCCAAUAUGAUAAAUUUAUUCAGUUCAUGAGAGAUUUACAGGAUGAAGUACUGAGAUUGGAGUUUGCUCAUUAUGACUGUAAAAACCAAGGAACCAUUUCAGCAAAGGAUUUUGCAUUAUCCAUGGUUGCUUCUGCUGAUAUGAGCCAUUUGGACAAGUUGAUCGAUCGGGUUGAAGAAUUAAACAACAAACCUCAUCUUAAGGAUAUUCGCAUUACCUUCGAGGAAUUCAAAAAUUUUGCUGAGCUACGUAGAAAAUUGCAGCCAUUUUCUUUGGCCCUUUUUAGUUAUGGGAAAGUAAAUGGCCAAUUGACCAAGGAGGACUUCCAACGAGCUGCAUUUCAUGUGUGUGGUGUAUCACUCACGGACAAUGUUGUUGAAAUCAUUUUUGAUGUCUUUGACUCCAAUCUUGAUGGGACUUUAAGUGCAGAUGAGUUUCUUAGAGUUAUGCACAAACGUAUAAAAGAUGUUACCCAGCCAGUGGAGUCAGGAAUUUCUGGAUUCUUACAUAACUGCUCCAUUGGGCGUUUCUUCUCUUAACUUUUUUCCAUGCCAUGGUCCCUGCUGUAUCCCGGAUGCUCUUGGUAUCUCUCUGGCAGUUCAAUCUACUUAUUUCUUCACCGUUCAGUACAGGUAUGUCUUCUUGAGUUAGAGCUGGAAAUACAAAACCAGGGUAUUUAUUAGCACGCAGUUUUGAUCUUUUGGCUGGAAAAUGAACAAUUAACUCCCUAAUUCACGUCGCUGUUAUCUCGUUGGGCAUAUGUACUUGCUGGCAACAAAAUGCAAACUUUCAUUUCUGGAACAAAGUCAUUCGGUGGCGGCCUUAUGUUGUGCUGACCCAAGAAUUGUACAGUUUUCUUCUCUUUAACUCAGUAUAUGUAAAUAUUUUCAGCAAAUAGUUCUUAGAAAAUUCACUUACUAUUAUGAACGAUAUAUAAAUGAAUGGAUGUCUUGCCAUCAUCCUUUUACCCAUUAAACUUUAUCCAGUGAA